CCCCUGAGUUGUCACAGUAGUUUAGCAAAAGAGUUUAAUGCUCACAGCUGUUCUUAUGCGACAUAAAGCCACAGCAAACUCUUCCAGUUAUAGCGCAAUAUUUGCAUACGUGUUUUGUGACGUGACGUGCGUUCAUAACGGAACUGAUUCCUAAACGCCAACAAACGCACUUAGGCUAAAUGCACCAAUGCUAACUGCAUGUGGCUCACCGGCUGCUCUUGCUGAGGAAGGGUUGUUAGCUUUAAAGUGAACGAAUCCACCUGCAGUGCAUUUAAUGUUGAAUUAUUUUUGUAGUCAUUAGAAAAUGUAGUGUUUAAAACGAUCCUAAUGUCAUUUGGUCUGUGGGCAUGGAUUUGACGCGACGUACAACAGUGAUAUUUUAAUACGUAUUUAAUGUGACAAGUUGACAGUCUGUCUCUUCUUUCGUCUGUGACCUAUUUGAAUGAUGACGUCACGCCGUUAAUCUUUAAUUUCCGUGCACGCUGUGCGCAAUAACAUUCAGUCGCACCGGUUAGAAGCAGCUGGAAUAGAAGUUCACAUUUAAACUCACCCAUCUGGAUCUGCCGCUAAAAUGGGGUCUAAUGGAGACCUCAACGCAAAUAACUCUCAAUGUCUCAGCAGCACUGGGGACUUGGUCCUGGACAAAGCAGUCAGUCAGUGGAUGGCCUGGGAUAAGAAUCCUCAGACACGGAAGCAGUUGGAAUCUCUGGUGCGAGAGGGACGUGUGGUGGAGCUGAGGAGGAGGUUGUGCUCCAGGAUGACAUUUGGAACAGCUGGCUUGAGAGCGGAGAUGGGUGCGGGGUUUGCUUGCAUCAAUAACCUAACUAUCAUCCAGUCUACACAGGGAAUGUACAAGUACUUAGCCAAAUGUUUCCCUGACCUGAAAACAAGAGGGCUGGUGGUUGGUUUUGAUACUCGUGCUCAAACAAGUAGUGGCUGCAGCAGUGAACGACUUGCAAGGUUGACUGCGGCUGUUAUGCUUUGUAAAGAUAUCCCUGUCUAUCUUUUCUCUACAUAUGUGCCUACCCCAUUUGUGCCAUACGCUGUGAUGAAGUAUGGAGCUGCAGCUGGAGUCAUGAUCACUGCAUCUCAUAACAGAAAAGAGGACAAUGGAUACAAGGUUUAUUGGCACAAUGGUGCACAGAUCUCCUCUCCACAUGAUAAGGAGAUCUUGCGCUGCAUUGAGGAGAGUACUGAACCCUGGCCCGAGUCCUGGAAUGAGGACCUAGUUGAAAGCAGCUCGUUACGGAGAGACCCUCUGGAGGACAUCUGCUGUUGUUACAUGGAAGAGCUAAACACUAUCUGCUUCCACAGAGAGCUUAACGCAAAGUCUCCCUUGAAGUUUGUACAUUCAUCUUUCCAUGGUGUUGGUCACAACUAUGUCCAGAGAGCUUUUCAGCAGUUUGGCUUUCCACCACCUAUCCCUGUUCCUGAACAGAAAGAUCCAGAUCCAGAUUUUUCCACUGUCAGUUGUCCUAACCCAGAAGAAGGAGAAUCGGUUUUGGAGCUGUCUCUUCGUUUGGCUGAGAGAGAAGAGGCCCGCAUUGUUGUGGCCACAGACCCUGAUGCUGAUCGCUUGGCUGUUGCGGAGCAGAAUGACAAUUGCAGUUGGAAAGUGUUCACGGGAAAUGAGUUGGCUGCAUUGCUUGGCUGGUGGAUGUUGUUUAACUGGAAGGAAGCGCACCCUGACCCAGCAGACACUGAGAGAGUAUACAUGCUGGCUACCACCGUUUCCUCCAAAAUACUUAAGGCCUUUGCACGCAUGGAAGGCUUUCAUUUUGAGGAAACACUGCCUGGCUUCAAAUGGAUUGGAAAUAGAAUUCAUGAAUUAACAAAAACGGGAAAGGAGGUCAUUUUUUCCUUUGAAGAAUCCAUUGGGUUUUUGUGUGGGAACAUGGUUCUUGAUAAGGAUGGAGUCAGUACAGCAGCUGUUGUGGCUGAGAUGGCUGCUUAUCUACACACCAAAAACCUUUCCUUGAACCAACAACUAAAAAACAUCUAUGAAAUAUAUGGCUAUCACAUUUCCAGAACUGCCUAUGUCCUCUGCAAUGACCCACCAACUAUUCAUAGAAUAUUUAGCCGUCUCCGCAAUUUUGGAGGUCCGGGUGUUUACCCAGAAUUAUGUGGUGACUACUGCAUUACACACAUCAGAGAUGUGACAACUGGUUAUGACAGCAGUCAGCCUGAUGAAAAAUGCGUCCUUCCACUCUCAAAAAAUAGCCAAAUGGUCACAUUCACAUUUCAGAAUGGCAUUGUUGCCACACUUAGGACCAGCGGGACUGAGCCAAAGAUCAAGUAUUACACAGAAUUCUGUGCAGCACCAGGAGAACGUGAUCUCUCUAGUCUGGAGAAGGAGCUAAGAAAAGUUACCACUGCUCUACUUGAAGAGUUUCUCGAGCCUGACAAGAACAACCUUCUUCGUAGAUCAGUGUAGCUUUAUUUAAAUUGUGGUAAGAUCAUUGUCUUCAUGGGUAAUCAUGUGUAAAACCAGUCCCAAAGGCCUGUCAGUGAAUCACCUUGUUUAUGUAGUUUUAUCACUGUGAAAUGAUUUGAAGCAUAAGUACUUUAUGGCUCUCAAACAAAAAGUAAACAUGACUGCUUAUUCAUUUUAGUGGUUUAUAUAUAUAUGACAAAAAAUAUUGUCAUGCUCAUUAUGUUCUUUCGCAAUUGAAUGUAUCUUGCUCAGAGAACGAAAAUUGCAAAAUGUUAUUUGUGUAACAUUUUUCAAGAAACUAUCUUAGCUUGAUCUUUGAGUGUCACAAUAUUACCAUAACUUCUAUUUUAUUAGGCCGACGUGCUAUGGUGUGACGUUAGCUGGUGUCCGGAUUUCAAUAUCACGUAGACAGUAUUUUUUUAACCAUAGUUUUGCUUGUUAUUCUCAAAGGUUUUGCUGAGAGCUGUUGCUGCUACCUUUUAAAGCUCUGUGAGCAUGUGUGUUUGUUGUGCUCUCAUAAACCUGUGUCCAUCUGUGUCCAUCUUGAUGCUCACACCCUUUAUAUAGUGUUAUGUGCAUUGAUAAUCAGUAGGCAGGCAGGGCAGUAGCUGAAUUUCUGCUGCCUUUGUCACGCUGGAUACGCACAGGGUAAUGAAUGGAAAAAUGAAUGUAUUAUUUUGAAAACUUUUGAUUUCUGCUGAGUUUGGGCAUAUUUGACCUUUGUGGGUUAUUUACACAAUUAAUCAUAGGUUCGUUGUGCAAACUAGACGAGCAAGGAAUUGCACUCUACCGAUAAAGACCAGAAGAAGGAUUUUGUUACUUAAACACCCACAAGAAGAAAAUCUGAAUGGAAAUGCCGGUUGCUCUGCUGUUUGAGAGUUUUAUUUCCUACCCGUUCUCAAGCACUUGUUCCUUUGCAAAAAUAAAUUAUUUUGCCAGUUGUUU